ACAUAAUUUAUAUUCGUUGUGCGUACCAAAUAAUUGAAAUGCAUUUUACUAAGCAUUUUUUUAUAACUAUUACAGUUGUGGUUCUCGCAAUUUUGGUUAUUCCAACAACUGCUUUUCGAGAAUCAUAUCGCUUUAAAUUAAUUCGCAUGGAUCUUAUUGCUAUGGCAGAGGAUUACAAAGCUAAUAUCAAUUCUAUAAAAAAUGAACCAUUAUUACAAUCCAUAGAAGGCCUAGUGAACAGAUAUUGUAUUUUUUACAAUUCAAAAAAUGGUGUGAUUCAAAAAAACUAUUAUAAAGCAAAAUUUGAAGCGGUUGUUACGGCGAUGUUUCCUGUACCGCAAUGAUGUGAUGAUGACUAUUUCGGGUGUCAAUGAAACUUUCUUUUCAAGAAAAAGUUUUAUUUAAUGAAAUAUGUAGUCCAUAUUUUACUUUUUUUUUUUAAAUAAUUAAAUUAAAUUUAUGUUCUAUUGAGUACCUUUAUCCUUAUUAUCCAGUAUAAGAACUUUAAAUAUUACAUGUUUACAA